CAAAAUGGUGCACUUCAGAAGUAAUCAUUGUAUACUUGUAAGUGUAGCUGUGUCAUUGCUGAGCCAAGUCCUGCAGGCUACCCCAGGACUAGUGCUGCCAGUAGAGAGAACCACUGGACUGGGUUGUAUACCAGAGGGCAGGACUGUCAGCUAUGUGUGCACUGUCACUGAUCCACUAGAUCCUCCUGUGGCUAGUACUGUUUGGCAGGGAACUGCCCUCAACUGUCCUUCAGCAAGUGAUACAACAAACAAUCGCAUCAUUCUAUCUCAUAAUCAAUUUCAGUCUGGAGGCAAUGCUGGUGUUUGUGGUGGCUUGUCUGCAAUGAGUAUUGGAUUUAGUAGAAAUGAAUACACCUCAAGAUUGAUUCUAACAGCCUCUAAUGAGUUGAAUGGAAUGACUGUUAUAUGUAGUUUGAGUGGAAUUUUUAUAGCUGGAAAUGACACCGUAAUAGUUGGAGCUUCUUCCCUUCCCCCUCUAAGUGUCAUGGUUGAGGUCACUUCUUCUUCGUCCUUCACCUUCAGUUGGAUUCCACCAUCUGAUACCAGCAAUGUGGGAGGAUAUCUGUUUAACGUGACUGGAGAGGAUUGUGGUUGUGUAAGUAUGAAAACUAGUGCUGACACUACCAAUGUCCUGUGUUCUGAUUGGACGGUCAGUGGUCAGACCUGCUCCUUUGAAGUGAGGGCCAUAUCAGAAGACUGUGGGUUCACCAGUGAUUCUGUUGCACUAGCCAUCUCACUGCGCGUACCAUCCAGUCCAACUGGGCUACAAGUGAUGUCAAUGUACAAUCAGUAUGGAAGCACAGAGUAUAUUGAAGUGGAUGGGUGUGGGACCCUGAGAUGCGAGCAAGAAACUACACCAGGAAUCUCCAUUGGUGUUUUCAUUGUGUUGGGAGUGAACAAGUGGAGGAGGUCUGAAAAUAUAACUCUGCAAACUGAAACUGAAAUGAUACCACCUCCUGUGAUAUACGAAGAACCUAAUGACAUUAAACCUGACCCCUUCACUCAGGAGAACGUUGCUUAUGAGCUAGUAAAACCCAACUGACUAUAAUUUAUUAUUAUUUUAGUGAAAGAAGUAAUUAGCGGUGUUACAUACAGUCAUGUAGAUCAGAUCAUGACACUUUUGGUAAUUAGUUUGUUCUCUGCAAAAUAGGUUCUUAUACUAGUAA